AUGCUCUCUUCGGUCGCUUUCCUUAGCAGCCCAUUACUCCUACCAUCCACAGAAUGGUCAGACUAUCGCCGUCUUGUCACCAUCGGUCUUGGCUUUUCCAUGCUGGGCGACUUUUUCCUUAUUCCCUCACGCCGUGAAUUCCACGGCAAACCCCCAUCCGACAAAUCAGAACCGCAAGGAAAAGUAUCAAUCUCUUUUCAACUCGGUAUCGUCGCCUUUGCCGCGGCUCAUAUAGCCUACACUGUAGCUUUCCUGCAGGAUUCGUCCCAGACCUCCUGGACGGCUUUUGCAGCUACCUUUGUAGCCACUCUGGCCGCGGCAAAAUGGUUGGGUGUCAUCUAUCCCCCGUCGCAGUCUUCACUCCAGACAAAUGUACUGGACCUCGAUAUUGCGCCGGAUAUGAAACCAGUGGUUUCUAUUUAUGCGGUUAUUAUUGGUGUGAUGUUUGCGGCUGCCACUGCUACCGCCCCGUUGAGUGUUCCAACUGACUGGUGGCACUCGCGAGCCCUGGGUGCUGCUAUGUUUGUUGUAAGCGACCUGUUUGUUGCGAAGAAUGCAUUUGGAAGAUCUGCUGCGCCGAGGAGCCGGGGGUGCGUUGCGAUCUUUGUGGGGUAUGCACUUUAUUUCUGGGCACAAAUGGUCAUUGCUGGAACAGUGCGAGAAUAG